AAAAAAAAAUACAAUCGCUCUCUUCUUCUGCACCUUCUCCUCUCCCGAUCUUCCGCCACGAAACCCUAAUCCUCUCGCCCGGACCCUAUUCCCUAACCCUAAUCCUAAUCCUAACCCCUAUUUCAAAACCCUAAACCCCACAAUGAAGAACCCCAAGCCCACCGGCGGUAAGGGCUCCUCCGUCAAGGUUCCCUCGUCCUCCUCCACUGCCGGCGGGGGCCGCAAAUCCCGAUGGGAGUCCGCCGACCACAAUCCCUCCGACCACCCUGCCCCUCCCGAUCCCAAACAUUCCAAGACCAAAGACGACCCCGCCGGCCCCUCCGCCGCCUCGCCCUCCCUCCCCCUCAAGGACCGCCCGCCCGCGGCGCUGUCCGUCUCCGGCCCACUCCGCCACCCUCCCGGCAGCGGACCCCUCAUCCCCCACCCGGACCCUGCCGCCGCGCGGCCGACGUCUCCGCCUCCCUACGGUUUCCACAACCUCGAGCGCCGCACCAUUGUUCUCGCCGACGGCAGCGUCCGGUCCUACUUCGCCCUCCCACCCGACCCGCCGGCAGACGUCGUCGCCGACAAGAUGUUCCCAUAUGGCCACGGUGGCCGCCCUGGGUUCGGGCAUGGGCCGGAGCCCGGCCUAGGGUUAGGGUUCGACGAGCGCUUCCCACCACCCCGUGGGAGGUUCAGCCCCGAGGACUUCCGGGAGCCACCGUAUGGCCGCGGCCCGGGGCCCCAGCACGACUACUGGGCUUCUCUCGGGCUUGAUGGCCCUCGGGUACCCCCGGAAGGGGCACCGUCCUCACUGAAGAGGAAAUUUGGGGAAGAGGAUGACUUCGUAUGGCACCGGCAGCAUGCGAUGCAUUAUGGAAACGCCAAUGCCAACCCUAGUGGGUUCCCUUCGGCGUCCGGUGGAGAUCGGCCAGACUACUUGCGCAGGACUGGCAGCCCACUGCGUCGGGACUAUCAUGAUGAUCUAAGGUCAUCGAAGCAGGUAAAGCUGGGAGGGGAAGGCUAUGAGGACUUGUCCUCGAGGAGGACUCAGCCUGACGAUGUGCCUGUUGUGGCCUUGGAUGUGGAUCCACAGGCUUUGAAGAAAGCAUUCCUCAGGAUCUCAAAGGCAAUAAAUGAUAGUUCAUCUCAGAGGAAGAAUUAUUUGGAGGAUGGAAAAAAUGGGCCUUUGCAGUGCAUUGUUUGUGGCAGGGCUUCUAAAGACUUUGGAGAUGUGCAUGGACUUAUUAUGCAUGCAUACAACUCGCAAAAUGCAGAGUUGCGGGUUGAUCAUCUUGGGUUACACAAGGCCUUGUGUGUUCUUAUGGGAUGGAACCACACAAAGGCCCCUGAGAACUCCAGGGCAUAUCAAUUAUUAUCUGCUGAUGAUGCUCAUGCAAAUAGGGAAGAUCUUGUUAUAUGGCCACCAGCAGUGAUAAUUCAUAACACAAAUUCAGGAAGGAGAAAAGAUGGUCGCAUGGAGGGUAUGGGUAAUAAAGAAAUGGAUACUAAACUUAAAGAACUGGGUUUCGGUGGCGGCAAGUCAAAGUCAAUUUAUGGAAAGGAGGGCCAUACGGGUGUCACAAUGGUGAAAUUUGCCAGCACUCAAGCUGGCUUGAAGGAGGCUGAGCGCCUGGCGGAGUACUUUGAGAGGGAAAACCAUGGAUGCAGAGGUUGGGCACGUGCACAAGCUUCUCGCUCUGGUGGUGAUGAUGAUAAGAAUCCAGCGCUGGUCAAGGUGGAUGAGAAAACUGGUGAGAGGAAGAGGAUCUUUUAUGGGUACCUGGCAACUGGUUCAGAUCUUGAUAAACUUGAUUUUGACACGAGGAAAAAGGUCGUCAUCAAGAGCAGAAGGGAGCUUGACCUAUCUGACUAGUGCUUAUGAAAGUACUUCGUGUGUUUUGCAGAAUCAGACGAUGAACAUGAAUACAUGGUUUAGGUAAUGCCACCCUUUCAAUGGUGUGAAAAUGAGGAAUGCAUGUGCACUUGAUUGUUUGAAUUUAGUCAUUUUCCUUGGGGUUGGGGGGUUGAAAGGUGCAAAAAAGUCUCCUUUGAAUUUAUAUGCAAUGAAGGAAUUUUUUCCUAUUUGUUUCUUC